UUUUAUUGUAAAGAUUAAAGAAAUAAAUAAACAAACACAUUAAAAAAGCUGAAAAUACAAGAUUUUUCUGUGAUUAAAGUAAAACUAUAAAAACAAACCCAAACAAAAAGAAUAAUUAAUAAAAAAUCGUAAAAAUGGAACCGCAACGUUUCGAUGGCAUGUUGAUGGAGAUUCUGCAAGACCGCAAAACUAUUGCCGGCUUCUUAGAUGCAAUAUUCGGCUUCUUGUCCAGGAAUACAGAUUUUUACUAUGAACAAAAAAACAAAGAUGAUAAAAUGGGAUUUCCUCCUGGAAUGAAAGAACAAAUUGUCAUGAAAGUUUUACAAAAAUUCGAUCCUAAAUAUCGAUAUGUUACUGAUACCAUGGAAGUUUCACCAGCUAUUCAAGAAAUUGAAGUCACAACUGAAGAAGACACAAUGCAAACAGAUCAAGAAGUCGAGGAAAUCAGUGGAAGCAAACCAGAACCAUCAGAAAAGAUUGUAACUGAAAAAGACUUCUUCGCAUCAAAUGAAUUUCAUAAUGGAGCUUGUUUUGAUUCUUAUUGCUGGUCACAAACUUCUACUGAAAUUGAAUUGCACAUUCGUUUGCCUGAAAAUACAAAAACUUCCAAACAAAUAGGCAUUCAAAUUGAAGCUAAUCAUAUUAAAGUUAUUUCGAAACUAAAUUCACAAUCAGCUCCAAUUUUUGAUGGGAUAUUGAGUGCCAAGUGUAAACACAAUGACGCUUUAUGGACAAUUUCAGAGGGGAAGUUACAAAUCACUUUAGAUAAGAUGAAAGAAGCUUGGUGGGAUCGUUUAGUGGACACUGAAUCGGCCAUAGAUGUUAGUAAAAUUGAUAGCACCAAAUAUAUUGAUGAACUACCACCAGAUUCGCAGGCAGCCAUAGAAAAAUUUCGUUGGGAACAACAACAAAAAGAAGCUGGAAUUCCCACAGAAACGGAAAGAACUAAUUUGGCAAGAUUGCGUGAGGCAUGGGACGCCGAAGGAUCACCGUUCAAAGGACAACCAUUUGAUCCAUCUAUGGUCAAGUUCAAUUAGAACUUAAAUAGUAUUCCCUCUGUUUUUUUAUAAAGCAUAAUUCUAUUUAAAAUAAAAACCAGCUGAGACUUUC